GUGAGUGGUGAUGUAAAUGGGCGGGAGAGAGGUGUCGGUUUCCAAAUUCAUAUAAAUUAUAAUUAAAAAGAGCAUUUGAAAAUCACACACUUUUACUUCAUUCCUCUUUUAUUUAAUCCAUUGAAUACUCCCAAUCUUCUCUGCAAAUAAUCUAAGAAAUGGUGAGGCUAUGUGAUUUGCCAAAGGAAAUCAUUGAGAAAAUCAUGUUGGGGGCACCUGCAGAUUCUGUGUUUCAGUUUAAAUUUGCUAACAAGUUUUGGUAUUCCCUUAUCUCGGAUUUCAUCAAUAACCCCGAAUUUGUUUCCAAGCACCUUCUCAUUGCCAAAAACCAUUCCUCUACAUCCUUACUUUUCAAUUCGCGUUCCCCCCAUGCCGAUCAACGCUUGAUCACAUUCCCAUUGUUGAGUAUAAACCAUGAUGAUGGUAAGAACAAUCGUUUUAUAACAUCCACAGAAGCUGUAAGUGUACCACUGAUAAUUAGCAAACCACCAAUUAGAAACUAUGAUAAUUAUGAUUUUUAUGAUUCUGAUUUUGGUUAUGAUGAUCAUUUAAUAACAUCAUCGCUUAUUAGCAAACCAUUUUCGGCUAUAAGCUAUGAUGAUUAUGAUGACUAUUAUGAUUAUGAUGAUCAUUUUAUGACAUCCCCAGAAGCUUUUAGUGUACCACCUAGAACCUAUGAUGAUGAUGAUGAUGAUUAUUCUGAUUUUGAUGAGGAUUUUAUAUCCCGAGAAGCAAGGUACAAGGAUAUGAGUCAAUGGAGUGAGGUUUGUAGCUGUGAUGGGCUCAUUUUGCUAGUGAAUAAGCUUGGGACAAUGAUGUUAUGUAAUCCUGCUUUGAAAGAACACACGAUUCUCCCAAAACCGAAGAAUGCCAAGAUUAAAUCACCUUCUCCCGGUAUAGGAUUUGGACUCGAUCCUGUAACCAACGAGUACAAAUGUGUUGCCAUUUGGUGCCAUUAUGAAGGAUUAAAAGUUGAGGUAUACACAUUGGGUUCUGAUUCUUGGAGAGAGAUUAACAUGCCUGAAGACAAAAUGGAUGACAUAAUAGAUGAUAUGAUGUUUGAUGAAGAAUUAUAUAAUGGUUUAUGUUGCAGAGGUGUUUAUUACUGGCUGGUAAAGAAUCCAUCCUCCGGUCAGGAUGAUAAUAUGAUCUUCAGUUUCAAUUUGAGUAAUGAGGAACUCCAACUCUUACAUGUGCCAGAUCUUGAAACUUUGGGCAUUGACCGUCGUUAUUGGCUCCACCUCUCUGUCUGGAAUGAUUCAGUAAUGAUGUGUUUGACAACUCGAAGCUUAAUCAUUCAUAUCUUCAGGAUGGAUGAAGUUGAAGACGGUUCUUGGACCAAAUAUGCCGUCAAGGUUGGACCAAUGCACAAUCAUCAAAAUGUGUUACCUUAUUGGAAGAAUGAUGAGAUUCUAAUGAGUAUCUGGAAGAGAGAUGAUAUGCCUAAUGUGAAAUUGGUGUAUUACAACAUUUUUACCCAAGAGAUGAGAGAUGUUUGUGAUAUGGAUAGGAGCAUAUUAGAUAGUCCAGUUUGUUCUUAUGUAAAAAGUCUUGUUUCUAUUAGGAGGUGAAGCUUGUUUGGUUAUGGUCCUGUUAGGUGUUACUACCUUAUGAUUGCUCUUAAACAUAUGUGUAUGUUGUUUUGGAAAGUGAUCUCAAUGUAAUGUUUUGUGUUUGUGGAAUGAUUCAGUUUCUUUUUUUUUGGCCAUUUACUCUGUUUCAUAUGAUAAAGUUGAGAAAAAGGAUGUUCUCUUUCAUGGUUAA